AUGCUCACCUUCAAGCCAUUGUCAGGUGCAGCGAAGUCAGACAGACUUGUUCCACUCGCGUAUCUUCUUCAGGUCGAUGACGUUCAUAUUUUACUCGAUUGUGGCUCUCCAGACUGGUGUCCAGAGUUCGAUGAUGGCUUGAACGUGUCGGCCCACUGGGAGACAUACUGCCAGUCUCUCAAAGAGGCUGCACCGACAAUAGACCUUGUUCUUCUCUCUCAUGGAGACCUUGCACAUUCUGGUCUUUAUCCCUACGCUUAUGCACGAUGGGGUCUGAAGGCUCCUGCGUAUUCGACUUUGCCUGUCCAGGCUAUGGCCCGAAUUGCUGCUACCGAAGAAUCAGAGAGUAUUCGUGAUGAGCAGGAUGUAGACGCUGGAUACCAAUCAGACCAACCGCAAGAUGGUGAGGACAAGGUAGAGGACUCAGGCGAGAGGGUGGACGAGAGCGGUCCCUCAUCAGCCGUUCAACGGAAGGCCAAGUAUGUUGCGACUCCUUCCGAGGUGCAGGAAGCUUUCGAUUCCAUCAACACACUCCGGUACUCUCAACCUACCCAUCUUCAAGGCAAAUGUCAAGGCGUGACCAUUACUCCUUUCAACGCUGGCCAUACUCUCGGCGGUACUAUAUGGAAAAUACGUUCCCCUUCUGCUGGGACGAUUAUGUAUGCGGUCAACAUGAACCAUAUGCGCGAGCGACACCUCGAUGGAACCGUGCUCAUGCGCCAGGGAGGAGGAAUAGCGCCCGGAGUAUUUGAACCGCUUGCUAGGCCGGACUUGUUGAUCACGGAUGCGGCGAGGGCCGAUGUGUUGAGCAGUCGACGGAAGGAUCGGGAUGCUUCACUGAUUGACACGAUCACCGCGGCACUGUCCUCUCGUUCAUCACUCCUUCUCCCUUGCGAUGCUAGCACUCGGGUACUUGAACUCUUGGUUCUUCUCGACCAACAUUGGUCCUUCGCGCGCCUCAAAUAUCCCAUCUGCCUCCUCUCUCGUUCUGGACGCGAAAUGCUCACAUUCGUGAGAAGUAUGAUGGAAUGGCUGGGCGGUACAGUUAGUAAGGAAGACGUAGGCGAGGAGGUCACGAGUGGUGGUAGAGAUGGUGGCAAGAGAGGGAAAAAGAGGAAAAAGGACAACGACGAGGACGAUGAUGUUAUCGGCGCUUUUGCGCUACGCUUCAAGCAUCUCGAAUUCUUCCUCAACCCACAAGCUCUUCAGCAGACUUAUUCUUCCAAAGAUCCCAAGCUGAUUCUCGCAGUGCCUGCAUCCCUCUCUCACGGCCCGUCUCGGUCACUAUUCGCUGACUUUGCCUCUAUACCCGAUAAUGUUGUCCUGCUCACCUCUCGGGGCGAAGAAGGAACGUUAUCCCGUGUCCUGUUCGAUAGAUGGAACAACGCGCAGAGAGCGGAGGAUAAAUGGGACAAGGGAAAGAUAGGGAGUAAUGUGAUGAUGGAUGGCUCGCUGUCAAUCGAACUGCGAUCGAAAGUCGCUUUACAGGGCACCGAGCUCGAGAUCUUCCUGCAAAGAGAACGCGCCGCAAAAGAAAAACAGACCGCAGAACAGGCCGCUAUGGCUCGCAACCGCCAGAUGCUCGAAGCUGAUGAAGACGACUCUGAUGACUCUGAAUCCGACUCCGAUUCGGAGGACGAGGCGGAGGACGUGGAGCGCGCUCUUGGUGAUGACGCUGGCGACGAUGAUGCUAAUGGCAUGCAAGUCGACAAACCUCCACCAGAAGUCAAGGCUCCACGACGACGAAGACAAAAAGGGUCAUCGUUAGACGGCGACGGUCAGGACACUAAUAAGGAUUGGUCUCGCUCGUUGACUCUCGGGAUGGACCUCGACGCCGCAGACGAGGGUGGGACUAGGCAGUUACUGUCGUUCGAUAUCUACCUCAAGGGGAAUGUAUCUAAAACGACUAGUUUCUUUAAAAGUGCAGGUGGAAAGGAAGGGGCACAGAGGUUUAGGAUGUUUCCGUAUGUGGAGAAAAGGAGGAAGGUCGACGAGUACGGAGAAGUGUUGGAUGUUGGAAUGUGGGUGAGGCGAGGAAAAAUUCUAGAGGAGGACAGCAAUGAAGAUGCAAGAGAGGAGAAGGAGAAGGAAGAAGAGGCGAAGAGGGCUCCGAGGGAACCACCAUCGAAGUUUGUUUCGCGCAUUGUGGAAGUACAGCUCGCCUGCCGACUUCUCUUUGUUGAUUUGGAGGGCCUGAAUGAUGGACGAGCGACAAAGACGAUCAUCCCUCAGGUUAACCCCAGAAAGAUGAUCAUAGUACACGGUUCUCCGAGCGCCACCGAGGCCCUCAUCGAUAGCUGCUCAAAUAUUCGUGCCAUGACGAAGGACGUCUUUGCGCCGUCAGUUGGAGAAUCUGUGCAGAUCGGCCAGAACACAAGCAGUUUCUCGAUAUCGCUCAGUGAUGAUUUGCUUGCGUCUAUGAAAAUGUCCCGAUUCGAGGACAAUGAAGUGGGGUACGUUACAGGGCGUAUCGCCAUCACCGCGAGUUCGACGGUGCCUAUUCUCCAGCCCUUAUCCAAUGCUCCAACUUCGCCCUCUACCACCACAUCAACAUCUACAUCUUCACCUAGCCCAAUGCCUCUCCGUACUCUUCCCGACCGUCCUCGCCCUAUUGGCUCUCUGCCCACCCUCCGCCUCCCGCACUCAACAAUGAUCGGCGAACUGAAGCUUACAGCUCUGAAAUCGAGACUCGCUUCCAUUGGUAUCCAGUCUGAGCUCGUCGGCGAGGGUGUUUUAAUUUGUGGAACCAAGGGUGGAGGUGGAUUGAGUCUCGGGGAGAGCUUGGGGGAGAGUGUUGCGGUCAGGAAGGUUGGGAGAGGUAGGGUUGAGUUGGAGGGAGGUGUGAGUGAUGUCUAUUUCAGGGUUAGGAAGGAGAUUUACGGGUUGCAUGCGCUUGUUGCUGCGUGA